UUCAGACAACGCUAGGUCCAUCCUGCUGUGUUUACCGUGACACAAUGCUCUGAGCUUUCGUGUUGUUUGUGCGAUUAAGCUAGCUACCAUCGUAGUUGUGGUUACUGUCGUCGUUUUACAUCCACUGUGAGCAGAGGUGAUCGGUGUUUAUUUCAACAUGGAGUCCGCCGAGGCCAACGGCCAGACGAGCCCGGAGGAGAAGAGCGGUGUGUCGGCGGCGCAGAGGAGAGCCGAGAUCCGGAGGAGAAAGCUGCUCAUGAAUUCAGAGGACAGGAUGAAGAGGAUCGUGGGCUUUGCCAAAAACGACUCCGAUGCCAACUCAGCAGCGUCCCGGCGUCCCACAGAGCCCCGCUUCCACCUCGACCUUGACAGGACAGACACGUGGCCGUCGUCGUCCUCUGCCUCCCCGAGACUGUCCCCCUUCCUGCCAGAGUCUUCAGGUCUGAGCAGCCACUCACACAGUGCCACCCCGGAGAGGAGGGGUUCCCCGCUGCCCGACUGCAGCGAGCCACUUGGGGGCACUGUGGAGGAUGAGGCUGCAGGGGUCCGGCAGAGACCCAGAGGUGAGCGGGCCUCGGACGACCCCAGCGGCUCCCCGCGCCGAGGGAUACAGAAGUACUUGUCUCGUUUCGAUGACGCCAUGAAACUCCGAGGCCAGCUGGCCAGUGAGAAGCCGGCUCAGGACGGGGGCUCUGACUCAGAGGAAUUUGAUUCAUUCAGAAUCUUCAGGCUCAUUGGCAGCGUCCUCCUUGCCGUGUUUGUCAGGGUUUUUGUCUGCAAGUACCUGUCAAUAUUUGCCCCAUUUCUUACUCUCGAACUGGCCUACAUGGGAUUAUAUAAAUACUUUCCAAAGGAAGAGAAGAAAACCAAGACCACUGUGCUGACUGCUGCCCUGCUGCUGUCUGGCAUCCCUGCUGAGGUCAUCAACCGCUCCAUGGACACCUACAGGAGGAUGGGCGACGUCUUCGCCGACCUCUGCGUCUACUUCUUCACCUUCAUCCUCUCACACGAGAUCCUGCAGCUCUUCGGGUCAGAGACUCCUUGAUUGGCGGGGCGAGGAACACAAUAGCCCCGCGCCCAAACACCCUCUCCCUCCCCCCAUCUUCCCAUUACAACAAAGCAUGCUCAUUUCCGCCGGCUGAUGCGAGUUUGUGGUCGACUCGGAGCGAACAAACCUCACUGCCUUGCCACGCGUCGGCUGGAUUCAUGCUCGUUACUUUAGCGCUUCAGCUUCCAGUAAAUGUGAUCAGAAAGUCCAGUGUUUCCUUGUUAUUUAUGAUGGUGGCAGCUCCGUGCUGCAGUCGAGUCAGAGAAACAAAGUGGAUGCGCACAAAAGACAAUGGCACAGUAUUUAUUAUGCUGAGUUAAACUCAGUUUUCAAGGCCAGAACACUUCAAAACAGCCUUUCAACAAUGCAGUAGGGCUGGGCGAUAUAUUGAUAUUAUAUCGAUUCGGUGACAUAAGACUAAAUAUCGUCUGAGAUUUUGGAUGUCAUAAUAUCUUGAUCUGACAAAAGUGUUGUCUUGUCCUGGUUUUAAAGGCUGCAUCACAGUAAAGAGAUGACAUUUUCCAAACUUGCCAGACUGUUGUAGCUGUUAUAUUAUUCAUCUCUACCUGCUUGGUCAUCACAUCCUCAUUACUAAUUUCUCGUGUUUAAAUAUCUUAUAAAAACAACAAUAGUCAUCUCUACUAUAUCGAUAUCAAAGUAUCGAUAUCAAACAUAUUGUGAUAUGUAAUUUUGUCUAUAUCGUCCAGUCCUACAAUGCAGUUAGCACUUUUUAAUUGCAUUUUAUUCCGUUUGGGAAAUUAGUUUGCGCUCGGCCUGUCUGACAUUGCGGUAGGCAGCCACAGAUGAAAGCCUACGCAUGAGAAACACUGGAGCCCCUCCACGUCUUCCUGACCUCCAGAGAGAGUCCAGAAGCUGGGGCUGGGUGUCAUGACAUAAUACCAACCAGGGUGGCAAAAGUAACUGCUGCCACCAUAUAAAUGCAAGUAAAUUUACGCUGUGGCUGGUAAAACUUGUUUACUCUGCUGGGCAUGGGGUAUGGGUCUGUGCUAUUAUAAACCAAAUCUGCUGGUAAAAUCAUAAAAACAUCUUAUAAAAUUUGUAAUCCAUCAGCCAGACAAAUAAGUGGAUUUCCUAUCCAGUCUACAACACUCUUAAUGCCUUUUUUUUUUUUUUUUUUUUUUUUUUUUUGAACAUGCACAGUUUAUCUCAACCUAAACUGCAUUUCACAUAACACUGACAAGCCUUCCUCCUCGAUGAUAUUUGUUGAUUUUGGAUAGAAGAGACCUGUUAGGGCAACAUGUUUCCAGUUCAUUCAUUUAGGAGGUAAUCGAACGCCUCAACUGACUGAAUUGUAUGUGAGGUCAUUGAGGUUAUUUAUCCGCUAUGACUGACAGAAACAGUCGAUCUCUAAAUUCAGCUGAGGGAUUAAAAUGGAAUAUGCUUAUGAUUGACAGAAGCAGGUGAUGUCUGUCUCCCUGAUAUUAAAUUUAGAUAUCAACACCUGAUUACCUGUGCUGAGUUCUUGCCACAUCUGCAUAUUCAGCCCAGCUGCUUGGAAAAAAUGUUGCCAUUUUACAUUUCUGCCAACCAAGGACACGCUGAAAUGUUGCAUUUUCAAAUUUCUUGACUAAGAUAAAGCCGCAUUAGGAUGAAGGUCGGCUGCUGGAUGGCACAAACAACACCACUUUGCCUCUGCAGACCAGGGUUUGAGUCCCGUGUCAAGCAAAAGGCGUGUUUGUUUUUAGCUAAUGCUUUGUAAUGUUGAUCAUGACCUUUUCCUAACUUUACCCAUGAUGACAAACCUUUUCCUAACCAUAACCAAGUUGUGUCUGUAACAAAGUAUUCAACAAACACGUGACCUUGAUGCAGGCUCCACCACAUUGGCUUUAAGACUAAAUGUUGAUAUGCAACGUAUUUUUGGUCCAGAAAUGUUGACAUUUCAAUGUAUUUGUUGGUUUGAAAAACAUAAAAUGACAACAUGUUAUUCUGGCGACUGGAUUGGCACCUCAGCCAUAGUAGUAUAAUAAACAAGCUUUGCAGGUUAGAAAAAAGAGAAAUACUGGAACAAGAUUUUUGUGAUGUGGGUGGAGAUCCAUUCUCUAUCAUUUUUAGUCAGAGUGGAAAGUUGAUGAGGCAGGUUUGCUUCCCAUUUAAGGCUCCAGUGACACGGUAAGCUGUCUUGUCUGUAGCCUGAGUGUCUCCUCCAGUUGUAGAGUUGUAGAGUUGUAGCUCAGUUGACGAGAACUAAACGGCUGUGAUUUGUCUUUUUUACCCAGCUAACUAGCCAAAAAGCUAAUUUAGAAAAACAACUAAUGCCGAUGCGAACAUGUGAGUAACAGCCACUGCUAACUAUCCCCCACUAAAUACGUCGGCUAGCGGGCAAACCAGACUUAUACAGCAAGACGGCAACAACUAUCCAACGAUCUGACCAGACACCAUGAUUUGCAAGUUUCCAAUUUGACAUGAUGUAAACGCAAAAUCAGUCAGGCUUAUUUGUGGCAAUUCCCUGUCAAAUACCACAUGGAAAAUAACUGGGGACCUCCAAUGUGGCCAGCAAUGGCUGUCUUAUGCCACCUGGAAACCCUCUGUUGGGAAGGGAGUUUAGGGCGGGCCUCUCGAUCAGAAGGUGCACUGAGAAACGUUGAGGGUGGAUCCAAGUUAGAAUCAUUUCGACUCAGCUGACAAAAAGGUGGAAUAAGCUUUAAGCUCUAAGUUAUCAGUGAGUCAAGGCUGUGAUGAGAGCCAUGUAGAGUCACUCAUCAGAUUUUGUGCUUAUUCCUUUUUUUUUUUUUUUUUUUGUCACUUUAGUCUGAAGGGUUCUUAUCAGUUAUUAUUCCAUGUUUUUUUUUGUUUUUUUUGUUUUUUUGGCACAUUCAGUCUAAAGCAGUGGUUCUCAAAUGGGUGUGUUUGUACCCAUAGGGUUUUUUUUUUAUGUUAAUUUAAAAACUAUCAGGCAUGCAUAAUUCCUUAAAUAAUUAGCCUAUAUGACAACAAGUUCAAUAAAAAAUGUAAGUUUGAUAAACCACAUUUUAUAUUCAGCUCUCCCUCUGGGUUUCCCGAAGGUGUCAAAUGUGUGUGUUUGUGGUUUACAUCUGCUGCCGUGGUCGUCAAGCAAGAACAAUGGAUUGGACUUCUCUAUGUAGGGUUUUUUCCUACCUUUUUUUUUUUCCCCCCCCACUGGUCAGGGGCUGAAAAAAAAAAAAAUCAAAGGGGGUACAUGAUUGAAAAUAGUUUGAGAACCACUGGUCUAAAGGAUCCUCACCUCAGUGCAAACUUACAUGUGCGCCUUUUAAACUUGGGAAGCAAAUGCAGUAAAUAUGAUGUCACCAUGGCAGUCAACAUUGAUAAAACACUCUAACUAUGGGAGAAACAGGCCUAUGAUCUGCUUGGGUCCAAACCCUUUGGUCUACAAACUCCCGGCUACUCAGUAUACAUUAACGAUUGAGAUGAUGAGCUAUGAUUUCUCCAUUUCCAUCUCUGUUAGGCCUUGAAUCUCUGCAACACAGAUGGAGAUUGAGUUUAAAAGCAUAUUUAAAGUAUUGAAGAACAUUUCAAGAUGUUUUUACAGCCUUGUCACCAAGCGCUGUCAUGGCUAACAAAUGCUGAAGACUUCAUCCAUUAUCUCCAAACCUAAAACACUGAGCCGCUGGCAUUGGUCAAUUUCCAGUGUCUGUGAUUGGCUUCCUAACAGACCUGAGCUGUCCCUUUGAACAUGUGGAUGGUGAUCAACUGCAUUUGUACUGAAAAACAUCUCACAGGCGAUGCUUAAAAGUUCCCUGUUUUGUUGUUGCGCUGUCUGACACAGUGUUCGCAAGGGUCCACCUACAUUCUGAAAACUUUUUCCUCCUUCAUUUUUUUUUGUCUCAGAAGAAGCAUUUAUGUCCUUCAGGACUCCGUGAAUGUGUAGUGUAUUAUUUUGCACCAUUACAAACUUACAAAUCGCAGUAAACGUCAUACUUUAAUGUACCAUACAGAGUGUGUGAGAGAUGGGGGAGGGAACAUUUUGGGUCUACUGGAAGGUGUGUGUUGUCCCUGCUGUUCGCUGUGAGGCAGUGGGAUUUUGCGUGCUUGUGUCUUGGGUAGUUCUGAUGAAACGUCGUGUCUCGCUCUGCUUCGUCUCAGCCUCACUCUAACAUAUACUCUCUCAACUCCUGUGGUAUGUUUAUGUCCUCUUUCCAUACUUGUCAUUUUGUCAUCCAAAUUAAUUUAUUAAGUUUCUCUGUGAAUGUUUUGUUUAUGUAAAUGAAUUGGUGUGAUUUACUACUUGUUGGACUUACUUGAUUGUUUUUAAUAAUGUUUACAGAAUAAUUGUGCUCAGUUAUUGAACUGUAAUUGUUUUUUGAUUAUAUAUUGCGAUUUAAAACUCAAUAUUGAAUUGGUAUCCACAUAAUGUAACAGUCUCUGCUUAAAAGAAACAUUUACCAGAAUGAAUAACCCAGGACAAUUCAAACCAAAUAAAUACUUGUGUAACAUA